AUGGACUUCUACGUGGUCAUCGUUCGACUCCAAGGCACCCUUCAUCCUUCAGAAGAGCUUUAUUUACCCUACCAAGAUUACGUCCCUGCAGGUGACGGUGACGGCGCACGGUAUCACGCCUCAGUCCAUCUUGGUCGGCAUGGAGACUGGCAGAUAUAUAAGCUGGCCCGCAACUUGAUCGACCCGCGUCAGCCGGAGAAGCCACCAACACCCGAGGAGCAGGCGGAAGGACUGAUGAUGUAUUCACCGCUAGUGCCCGUGUAUAGCCGACCUCAGGCCAUGCUGACGUACAAUCGUACGGUGGAAAACUUGCAAUCCAUUAGCACGGCUUCCGCCGAGCUCGAGUCGACUACGCUGGUAUUUGCGCACGGUCUUGACAUGUUCUACGUGCGCAUGACGCCUGCAAAGUCGUUCGACCUGCUUCCGUCCGACUUCAAUCAUGAGAUGCUGAUUCUCCUGUGUUUGGCUUUUCUCGUGGCGACGUACCUCACGAAAGCUCUUGCGCGGCGCAAGGCGCUACAGACGGCGUGGAAGUAA